AUGAAGAAGAGUGCUGAUGCCAAGUAUGACUUCUUGGAUUUCUGGGAAUCCAACCAACAGUUUUUUGCUAUGAAACAAGGAACGACCAAAAACUUGAUGCAUUUCAAGGAACAAUUCUUGAGACAGGCUGAGGUCCUGCAAGAUCUAUAUGGUGUUGCCUGGUUCCAAAAUUUUGCAGUCAAGACACAAGCGUAUGCUGCUAUUGCUAGCACCGAUACUGCUGCUCAAGACAAGUUCAAGGAUGAUAUCUUUGAAGCCGUUCUUGCAACAGGAUUUCUGUGCAACUGCAAUCAAACGAGAACAGCUCCUCUGAUGCUGGAUCUUCAGACAAUCUAUUGCAGGGAAGUGGAUUACUAUCCAAAGACGGUCAGCAAAGCACACAAUAUGUUGAAGAUUCACAUGGAGUGA